UCUUUAUAGAAGUUAGUACUAAGCAAAAGCGAGUAUUAAUUUCUGGCAUUACUAAGUAUGAAAUUUGCCAAAAGCUUUCCAAACCAAACCCACCUAAACAAAAAGAUCUUGAGCUAAAUAUCAUAUAUCUACUUAAGCAAUUUCAGAUAUAUGGAAAAAGAUAUCCACUUAUUGAGAAAGUUAUGAAAAAAUGGCUGCAAUAUGCAUUUGCACAACAAUUAACUCUAACUGAUGAAAUUUUUAUAGAAAAGACAAAACGAUUUGCAUCUAAUAUUGCUGAUUCAGUUUUAAUUCAGCAAAUAUGCAAUGAAGAUAACAAUGAAAAUGUUCAAUCUAAUACUGAUGAUAACUAUUCAAGUGAACCGCCAAAAGUUUUUUCUUUACAAGAAACUAAUUUUGCCAAAAAUUUGGUCAGCUUUCUUUUACAGCAAGAUGAUGGCUUUGGUGUAUCUGUACAAGAUUUGAAA